AUGUGUCUCUUUCGCGUCACACUAAACAUCAUCCAAUUACCUGCCCAUUCAUGUGUCUAUCUAUUGUCCUUCUCUCCCUGCCCGUCCAAUCAGCGGGCCAGAUAUGCGAUGAACGGACCUGGCGAAGACAAAGUAUUACUCUUUCUUGCAGUAUGUGUCUUUUUCGCUGCCCGUUUCAUUUCUUUCUUUCUUUCUUUCCUUUUUCUUUCUUUUUUUCUUUCUUUUUUCUUUCUUUCUUUUUCUUUUUUCUUUCUCUUUACUUCAAGUUCCCUUUUCCCGCUUUUUUCAUAUGUUUCUUUCUUUCCUUCUUUCUUUCUUUCUUUUUUCUUUUCUUUUUUUAUUUCUGUUCUUUCAUUCUUUUGUUUCGUUCUUUUCUUUCUUUCUUUUUUUCUUUCUUUCUUUUUUUCUUUCUUUCUUUUUUUCUUUCUUUCUUUCACAAAAGCGAUCAUAACUGCAAUCACAAAUAACUUUUAUUCGGACCUGUUCUUCAAUUUCUCCAAUUACUUUUCUUCUCAAUCCUUUUUUUUCACUUUUCUCAAAAGAUUCGUCAUUUUCUUCACAGACCUUUUUCAUCUGCUCUUUCUUCAUCUUCUUCACGCUUUCUUCUUUUUCUUUUUCUUAAUAAAUAUUGUCAAUAAAUGUACACACAUUUUAUCUUCUAUUUUUCUUUCUUUCUUUCUUUCUUUCUUUCUUUCUUUUUCUUCUUCUUCUUCUUCUUCUUCUUCUUCUUCUUCUUCAGUUCAUCGUUCUUUGUUCUUUCUCCCCUCGUUUUCCUCUACUAAUAAUUUUUCUUCACUUCUUCUCAAAUUUGCUUCUUCGCAAUCAUUUUCUUCUUCAUCUCAGUUAUUCUCUUUAUUCCUUCUAGUAUAUCCUUUAUUCCUAACUCCUUCUUUUUCCUUCUCCGGGCCCAAUUAUCUCUCUCUCUCUCUCUCUCUUGUAUUUUCUUUUUCUUUACAUUUUAAGCUCUUUGCACUAAUUUCGCUUCCUUUUGCUUACAUAUCAAAUCAAACUGUAUCCUCUUUUCUGUCGUCUAUCAUUUUUUAUCAUUUCUCUCAUCCCUUCUGUCCUUUCUAUCCACCUUUCUAUUCUGUUUAUCCUGUUUUCUAUCGUUUCUAUCCUGUUAUCUUUCUAAUACGCUUUUCUAUCGUGUGUAUCUUCUAUUCUCUCCAUUCUACCCUCUUUAAUAUUCCUUCUAUCAUUUUUUUAUCAUUCUUAUCCUCCUUACUAUCCUCUCUAUCAUCUUUUCUAUCCUCUCUAUCCUACUUAUUAUCACUUCUGUCCUCUUUUCUAUCCUUCUUAUCCUCUUUUCUGUCCUUCUUAUCCUCUUUUCUAUCCUCGCUAUCAUGUUUUCUAUCCCAUCUUUUCUAUCCUUUCUAUCCGCUUUUCUAUCCUUCUCAUCCUCUUUUCUAUCCUCUCUACCAUCUCUAUCCUUACAACACUCUUUUCUAUCGUUUUUAUUCUCUUUUAUAUCAAUUCUCUAUUCUUUUAUUUUGUUUUAUCUUUCUUAAUCUCUUUUCUAUCCUCGUUGUCAAACUUUCUAUCUUUUCUGUCAUCUUUUCUAUCUUUUCUGUCACCUUUUCUAUCUUUUCUAGCCUCUGUUCUAUCUUUUCUAACCUGUUUUCUAUCUUUUCAAUUUUUUUUUCAGUUGUAUUCUCCUUUCGAUCCUUUUAA